CUUGUCGCCUGCACUAUGGGCUGUAUUCAGAGCAUUGCAUGCAAGCCCCGCAUCAGACGGGAGAACAUUGUGGUGUAUGAGGUAUCAGCCUCUAUCGACCAGUGUCCCACCAUCAUUGAGGAGAACUCACCGAUUGUGCUCCGUUACAAGACGCCUUACUUCCGGGCCUCAGCAGGGGUUGUGAUGCCACCAGUGCCCCGCAAUGAAACCUGGGUGGUGGGCUGGAUCCAGGCUUGUACCCAGAUGGAGUUCUACAACACCUAUGGUGAUAUUGGCAUGUCCAGCUGGGAGUUACCAGAGCUGCGAGAAUGUCGGGUCAAGGCCAUCAGCGACUCAGACGGCGUCAGCUACCCCUGGUAUGGCAACACCACAGAGACCGUCACCCUGACCGGACCCACGUCCAAACCGUCACGUCUCACCGUCAGCAUGAACGACAACUUCUACCCCAGCGUGACCUGGGCUGUCCCCAUCAGCAACAGCAACACGCCCAUGCUCACCCACAUCACCAGGGACCAGAGUUUCAUCACCUGGCUGGUGGCCAUGAACUCCGUCACCAAGGAGCGUAUUGUGUUGCAGACGGUGCGGUGGCGGAUGCGAGUGGACAUUGCUGUGGACCCUGACAUGCCACUGGGCUCUCGGGCCUCUUUGGUGGGUCGUCCCUACCAGGAGCAACCGCACAUCCUUAACUACCAGGAGCCCAUCCCUCCCAACGCGCUGGGGAGGCCGAAUGCCAACGACGCCCAAGUGCUAAUGUGGAGGCCACGGAGAGGAGCGCCACUAGUGGUCAUACCGCCAAAAUAAGAGGGGAAAUGGUUCCACGGACAAAAGAAUAAUUGUUCCCUC